AUGCGUGAUGCUGCUAUCUUAAUCACAGAUAUUACAAAACUGGUACUAGAAAAAAAGCCGGCCUUCAUCAAGCUAGGAGAUGCCACCAAUAACAGCACACCUCUUCACUAUGCGGCCUCCGGUGGUGAUCGUACAAUGGUGCAACUCUUACUUGAUAGCGAUUUCUCAGCAUCGUAUCUACGGGACAAAGAUGGCUUUGGCCCCAUUCAUGUUGCAGCAGCCAGUGCUGGCCAUCUUAACAUAAUAGCGGAGCUUGUACAAUAUUGCCCUGAUUGUGUGGAGCUGAUAAAUAACCAAGGCAGGAACUUUCUUCAUGUUGCCGUCAUGAACAAAAGAUUAGAAGUUGUUAAGUACGUGCUUGAAUCAGCUUUUUACAAAAUCAUGACAGAUUUGAUAAAUCAUGGCUCACGGUUUACUCCACAACGACUGGAUCUCAUUACAUAUCACCUACAAAGAAACCAAGAAGAAGAAAUAAACCAGUGCAGGGCAUUACCUAAUAAUCUUGCAAUAGUAGCAGUCCUCAUUGCUACAGUCACCUUUGCUGCAGCAUUUACUCUACCUGGAGGAUACAAGAGCGAUUCAAGCUCUGAUGCAGUAGAUCAUGACAUUCGGGUAUACUCCCUUAUAACUGCAAUGAAACUGAUGCGGGUCGCACUUGGAAGAAUGCUUGCAGCAUUUGCAACUGGUGUGUACGUUGCAGUUGCCUCCGACUGCAAGUGGCUUGCUAUUCUCACAGCUGUUAUGAUUUGCAGCGUUCCCCUUGGUGCUUGGAUGACUGCUUAUUAG